AUAGAGAUUCUGAAAGAAUUUAUGUUAAUAUUCCAUGAAAAACAACACAGCCGGCUUUCUUAUCAAUCAUCAAAAAAUGUUGCCUACAUUUCAAAAUUUGGUCGGCGUGCUUCACGCAGGUUCUUUAAAGAAACAUCAUAAAUUCGGCAUUAAUAGUAAAUUUCUGCACACAAUGCACCAUUACCAGAAAGUCGUCGCCCCAUUUGCAACAAUGCACCGUCUCCAUCAGACAGUCAUCAGAUGCGCCCUGCCUAUAGAAAAUCAAAUUGCAAUAUGUCGAUGUUACUCAAAAGAAGCCAGAAGGACGUCGUUUUUAGCCAGACUUUAUGACAACUUUAAAGAGGAAAUGGCCAAAAAUAAAGAAAUGAAGGAAUCGCUAAAAAAAUUUCGUGAUGAAGCUGAAAAAUUAGAACAAAGUGAUGCUUUAAAAGCAGCUCGACAAAAGUUUGAAACUGUAGAGAAAGAAGCUAGUAAAGGAGGAGAAAUGUUUAAAGAAAAAUUUUCAACAAUAAAAACUAAAAUGCAAGAAGUAAUUGAAGAGGCUGGUAAAAGUGAUAUAGCAAAAAAAGCUGGACAAAUAACAGGUGACAUAAGUAGUUCAGUAACAAAAAAUAUAAGUGAAAAAGCUCAAGAAUUGGGUAAAACGGGUGCGUUUCAAUCGAUUUCCCAAGCAACUAAAGCAGUACAACAAGAAAUGGAUACCCAAAGUAUACAAGGUAGAGUGUAUCAAAGUCCGCCAAAAUUACGAAAACGAACCGAAACGAUGGGUCCGGCAAUUAGUAAAUUUUACGAACCUAACCAAGAAGCUACUGGAAUCGAAUUACACAAAGACUCAAAGUUUUAUCAAUCGUGGCAAAACUUUAAAGAUAACAAUCCCUAUGUUCAUAAAGUUAUGGAUUGGAAAUUAAAAUACGAUGAAAGUAAUAAUCCAUUAAUAAGAGCUUCCCGUUUAUUAACUGAUAAAGUCUCCGACAUUAUGGGUGGUUUGUUUCAAAAAACUGAACUUUCAGAAACUCUAACUGAAAUAUGUAAAAUUGAUAAUUCAUUUGAAACUAAAAAAUUUUUAAAACAAUGCGAAGUUGAUAUUAUACCAAACGUUUUGGAAGCGAUGACGAGAGGUGAUUUAGAGAUUUUAAAAGAUUGGUGUCAUGAAGGACCUUAUAAUUUAUUCGCCGUACCAAUUAAAGAAGCUUAUAAAAAAGGUUAUAAAAUUGAAUCAAAAAUUUUAGAUAUUGAUAAUGUUGAUUUGGUUAUGGGAAAAGUGAUGGAUCAAGGUCCCGUUUUAAUAAUAACGUUUACUUCACAACAAAUUAUGUGUGUUAAAGAUAGCGCGGGAAUUGUCGUUGAAGGUGAUCCAGAAAAAGUGAUGCGUGUUACUUACGUUUGGGUUUUAUGUCGUGAUCCAUCUGAACCUAAUCCAAAAGCCGCUUGGAGACUUCUGGACUUAUCGGCGAGCAGUAACGAACAACUUUUAUAAAGACAAAAUUAAUAAACAUAAAACUAAAAACGAAGAGUAUUUUUGAAACUCAACACCCACACGUACAAAAAGAAGCGAAUCAGUUUGUAUUAAAUUAAAAUAAAGGUUUUUCCAUAGGUUGUUUGUUA